AUGUCCUUAUCUAUCGGAGAGUUGGAGGAUGAAAUUCAAGAAUUUAAAAUUGAUAAAGAGGCUUUGGAGUUUGGAGAGACGAUAGGAAAGGGCGGAUUUGGCUUUGUCAGCAAAGGAACCUACGAAGGAGAAGUAUGUGCCAUCAAACAACUCUUCAUUCCCGAGAAUGCUCGUACACCACGAAGUCGAAUCGGUCUUGCAAGCAUUGCUUCCGAAGAUGAUGAAUUAUGGCGAGAGACUCUCAAUGAAAUUGCAGUCAUGCUUCGAGUUCAACAUUCCAAUAUUUUGAAUUUAUAUGGAUGGAGCACAGAUCCAAAUUGUGUUUAUUUAGUGAUGGAAUUUAUGCCUUUUUCACUUCACAAAAUCUUGGAGACGACUCUUCCAGAAUAUGAUUAUGAACCUUUAAUGAAAGCUCAAAAACAAAAUUUAUCACAAUUAGCACCCAUGGAGGAUGAGUCAGCGAGCAGUGAAAGCUUUCUCAGCAAACAAUCAAAAUUUGAGUCAAAACAAAAAACAACAACUACCUCUCAAAAGAAACCACUGCUACACGGAGCUGGACUAAAGGACGAUCAUGAAGAGGCAGAUCGAUAUCAAAAGUUUUUGCAGAGACAACCUAUACUGAGUAAUGAGAUGAAACUUCAAAUUGCUAUUGACAUUGCUGAAGGCAUGCAUCAUCUUCAUUCGAGGCCAAAACCCAUCAUUCACCGAGAUUUAAAAUCGCACAAUGUUUUACUCGACAAAAAUUUAACAUCAAAAAUUUCAGAUUUUGGAUUUUCAACCAUGAGAAAUCGAAAUUCAGGCGUUUCUGGAAUGAAAGGAACUUCUGGAUGGAUGGCCCCUGAAAUGUUUUCAUCGGCUGCCUCGUCAGGUGAAAAAGCCGAUGUCUACAGUUUUGGAAUGGUCAUUUACGAAUUGGUCACCCAUUUAAUUCCAUUUCACGAUGUUUCUAACCCCUUUGCUGUGGCCUCCCAAGUCAUUAGUGGAAUGAGACCCAAGAUUGACAAGCAAGACGAGUUGGCAAAAUCUUCCCCCAUUCUCGAAUGUUUCAUCAAACUUGUUUCCAUUUGUUGCCUUCAGGAUCCUGACGAACGACCCACUUUUGCUGACAUUCUCAACGAUUUACGAAGCAUUCCACUUAAUAAUUCUUUAAAAUUGACGGUCGAUGUGAACGGAAGCGGAGAUUAUGACUCCAUUCAAAAAGCCAUUAAUGCUAUUCCUCCUGAUAUUACAACUCUCAAACCAAAGCGCCCAAUUCCAUCCUCUCAAAACUCUCUUACAAAAACGUAUUCUGCUGCAAACAUGACAAGUUUCUCAUUAGGGGGUAACACUUCCUCUCUCAAAAAGACAACAAGUUUCUGGCAUAAUAGCACCGCGAAUAAGAAUUUAGAGGGAGAAGAUAAUAAUAAUUCAUCGCCUCCUUCAAGCGAUGACGAUGGACGAAACACAAGUGGUGGCGGUGUCAUUUUGGGAACGAAUAAUCCUGUGCAUUCGGAUGACUUUUCAGAGCAACGUCUCUUGAUGCAAAAAUUUAACUUACCAUUCACCAUUCGACCUUCAGAUGGCAGGAAAAUUAUUAAACCUACAAGACCGCUGACAACACCAAUCAUUAAGAUUAAGCCAGGAAUUUAUCGAGAACAAGUCAUUAUUGACAGAAGUGUUGUGUUAAAAGGAAUGUCUGAAGGAAAGUCACAUGUCAUUCUGUACAAACCAAAGGAAGUGACUGAAGUGAUCAUUUUCGAUAAUGUGAGAUAUUCGAAAAUUAGAAAUAUCAUUGUUUACAACUCGGAAUACAAACCUCAACAGCCUGGGGCACAUACAAGAGUUUCUUCAAAACAUCCGCUUGGAGUGGUCGUGUUGCGAGGAUCCAAGUGUGACUGCACCAUUGAACAAUGCACAUUUAAGGGAGUGACAUUGGAGAUUUGUGAUAAGGCAGAUCCAACCAUUACUGGCAACACAAUUCGUGACUCACUUCAAUCAGGAAUUCACAUUCAUUCGGAUUCUCAUGGAACCAUCUCUGAGAAUGACAUUUUUGGAAAUUUGGAGGCAAAUAUCUUGAUCGAGAGAGGAGGAAAUCCAGUCAUUGAAAAUAAUCAAAUUCAUGACGGUCAUCAAGAAGGCAUUCGAAUUAUAGAGGGUGGAUUGGGAAAUAUUGUAAAUAACAACAUUUAUAGCAAUAUGGGGUCGAAUGUUUACAUUGGUACAGGAGCUGAUCCUCUCAUUGUCUUGAAUAAGAUUCUCUCCAGUGAACAGAGAGGUAUUGAAAUUGCAGCUCUCGCCAAAGGAAAAUGUAGAAAGAAUCAGUUGAGUGGCAACAAGAAGGAUCCUCAAAUAUUAAUUUCUGAAACUGCCAAAACCAUCUUGAAAGACAAUGAAAUCAAAACAACAACCACCUCUGGAACUUCAUCCAUUUCCAUGAAGAGCACUCCUACCAAAUCGCUCACACUCUCUGGAUCUCCCUCAACAACUUCGUCACCCAUGCGAAUGGCACAACCACCACUUCAACAAGGUCAAAGAUUAUCAUCGUCACUGCCUGUGUCGUCGUCAUCAUCAUCCAUGCAUGCCUCUCGAAUGGGAUCCUCUGCAUUGAAUAUUCAAUCGAGUAAGCCUGCCAACCUUCAAAUGCAGCAACAAACACAACCCAAUAAGAACAACUCAAUGACCGCAACAUCAAAAGCAGUGACAACAACAAACAAAAGUGGUUCAGGGAAUAAUUUGAGUAAGAUGUCAUCAUCCACACCGCCACAAGUGACUUCAUUGAAUCUUAGCUUGCUCAGCGCAGGAGGAAAUUCAGCAAUGUCUAACUCGGGAGGAACUCCCCAACAACGAACGUCACCUCUUUCUGUACAGUCCUCGGUGAAUAGAAGUGCAUUCGUAAAAUCCAACCUUAAUAAUAAAUGA